AUGGCUAUCUCUAACCAAAAUCCAUCGGUACUUUUGAAAAGGGUGCUCAAUUUGACGGACAAUUCUUUUUUCAUACUGUGUAUUGACAAUCUUGCUCAAACAUCACAGGGGAUCGUUCAAGAAGUCAUCCAUUACCGAGAUUCAGUAGAAGGUAACGUUAUAUUUGUUUCUUUUUGUACUGCUGAGAAACCAUCAUAUGCCACUCAUUUUAUUGAUGUGACUGCCAUCGGAGGCCUAGAGAAAGUGGUAGACCAGGUACAUUCAUACUUGCCAUCCCCAAGAGGAACGGUCAAAUCCAACAAAAAGUUUCUUAUAUUGAUUGAUUCGCUAAACUAUAUGCCGAGAACUAAGUUGGCACAGUUCAUAAGUUCCCUUGGCUCCCCAUACGCGAUUAUUUUAGCCACAUACCACAGGGAGAUGCUCGAAUCGCACAUGCAUGUAACCCAAGAAUAUAACAACACAUCCAAUUAUCCAUCCGGUUUAGAAUUGCUACAGUUUAUGGCCACGAGCAUUAUCACUACGAAUCCCAUACUGCCUUCUACUCUGGACGACUCUGGUGAGUUGCACGACCAGCUGGACAGCUUGAGAAUCCCGCGAGGGUUGAAUCAACCGAGGUUUGAAAUUACGCUGGUAAAUAGAAGGAAAUCAGGGAGGUCAGUUACUUACAAUUUCUUGGUCGAUACAGAUACUCAUCAAUAUGAUCUAGCCACCAAGGAGAACGAUACGAGUGCAGAGCAAGAAACGCCAGAAAUGUUGCAGGACUUGACCACUUUCAACUUAUCGACGUCGACAAAACAGAAACAAGCCAAGGAACAGGUAAAUCUGCCCUUUUUGGAGGCUCAGUCGUUUGGGACUGGUGGGGCUAUCGUUUAUGAAUACGAAAAGGAUGAUGAUUAUGACGAAGAGGAUCCGUACGAAGAUCCAUUCUGA